AUGACUCUAGGUUCGAUUGUGCUGGUUUUGCUGUCGGUCGCGUGCGUUUACACAUGUCGCUACUUCAAGAAGAAAGGAGAUGAUCAAGCAAGACUUGAGAAGUUUUUGAAGAAUUACGAGGCACUUAAACCUACCAGAUUCUCUUUCGCUGAUAUCAAAAGAAUCACACACAGUUUCAAGGAUAAAUUAGGUGAAGGUUCUCACGGAACAGUCUUUAAAGGUAAGCUAUCUGCUGAAAUUCAAGUUGCUGUCAAAGUACUCAAUAAUUCAGAUAAUGAUGGACAAGAUUUCAUUAACGAAAUGGGGACAAUGGGCCAAAUUCAUCACAUCAAUGUUGUUCGUUUGUGGGGAUUUUGUGCUGAUGGUUUUCAUCGAGCUCUUGUUUAUGACUUUUUCCCAAAAGGCUCCCUCCAAAAGUUCAUAUUUUCCCAAGAUAACAGAGAAAAUUUCCUCGGGUGGUCGAAGCUGCAACAGAUUGCUCUUGGCAUCGCAAAGGGGAUUGAAUAUCUUCACCAAGGCUGUGAUUAUAGAAUUCUCCAUUUUGAUAUCAAUCCUCACAAUGUGUUGUUAGAUGACAAGUUCACUCCUAAAAUUUCUGAUUUUGGUCUAGCUAAAUUGUGUUCUAAAAAUCAAAGUAUGGUGUCAAUGACAAUAGCAAGAGGAACUUUAGGAUAUAUUGCACCUGAAGUCUUUUUUCCAAAUUUUGGCCAUGUGUCAUACAAAUCAGAUAUUUAUAGUUAUGGGAUGCUACUCUUGGAAAUGAUCAGCGGAAGGAAAAAUGUUGAUACAAACAAAGAAACUUUUCAAGUUCUAUAUCCAGAAUGGAUUCAUAAUUUGAUCAAAGGAGAAAAUAUGAGUAUUUCUAUAGAAGAUGAAGUUGACAUUAGAAUUGCUAAAAAACUGGCAAUUGUAGGACUUUGGUGCAUUCAGUGGCAAUCAAUAAAUCGUCCAUCCAUGAAAACAGUGGUACAGAUGUUGGAAGGAGAAGUAGAUAAACUAAAGGUGCCUCCAACUCUAGUUGACUUGACUGCUUCAACCAAUACAAGUACUAUUAUUCCUGCAAGGCAUUUGAAUUUAGAGUCAUGAAUAUGUACGUUGGGUUGCCAAGUAUAUAUAGCUUUUACUUUUAUUGAAUGUAUUUUGUAAAACUUUUGAAUCCUUUUAUUACCAAUGUGCAUGUAGAACACUCAUCCAUGUAUCCCAAUAGAAAGAGA